AUGGCCACCCUCACUCUUUCAAAAGCUGCCGCGACAGCAGGGCACCGAGUUUCCGCCUUCUUUCACAGAAUAUUCCUCUACAUUCUCGAUGCGUUCCGCGUGGCUCUGAAUAUUUUCUCCCCAAACACCGGUCAGAAACACGCGACGCCAAACCUCCCUGUCAACGCCGCGCCUGCGGCAUCAUCUACCUCAUCUGCUGCUACUUUUGUUUCCUCUCCAUCGUCGCCCCGGAGGCCAAAGUCUCGCGCACUAAACGGCGACGGCGAUAUCAUCGCAAAUAUGACUGGGUCUAUGUCUACCACUACUGUUGUGUCUCCCUCGCGUGCGGGCCAGCCGCCACGGGCCCCACCCUCCCAGCGUUUACCUGUGCCGAAUAUCAUCCCGGCACUUCCUCGUAUCGGCCCUUCAAAGAAGGAAAAUGUGCCGCCGCCGACCCAGGCUUCUUCAUCUGCCGAUCCAGCUGGGGCCGUUACUAAUGGAAUUACUCGUCUGCGUCUUAAUCCUUCUAGUGUUGUCGGCGAAGAGCGUGCCCGUCCUGCUGCCCAGGUUGGCAGGGUCGAUAAAGUUGCGGCUCAAAACGGCGGUCGCGGCAUCAGCGGCGACGUCGGCCCUGGUACCCGUGUCGGGCGAACCUCAAAUGCAACACGGUCUGUUCUCCAGUCGCUGCCACAGACCAACGGUAUUAACGGCGCGGUGGUCGCCAACAGCAACAUCGUCACCAACGGAAAUGUUCUCAGCAACGGCAUCAAUACAGGCCUUGCUGCUCGGGGCCUACCAGUCACGGUCGCCCCUGCAGCCAUUUCUCAGACUAGUAGGCUGAGAGAGACGCCUGUCGAGAUUCAGCUCAUCGAUGACAAUACGGACGGUAAGGAGGAAGUGAGGGUCUUGACUCCGGAAGAAGAAGCCGAGAUUGCCUAUCAUAGCCAGUUUAUGGAACAGGCACUUGAUAUGGCUCGCUUGGCGCUGAAGACGAACGAGACUCCCGUCGGAUGUGUACUUGUCUACAAGGGCCAAGUGAUCGCGAAGGGCAUGAACGCGACCAAUAUAACUCGCAAUGGCACGAGACACGCCGAGCUUAUGGCCGUCACCUCGCUCCUUUCCCGAAGAAAGGCAUCUAACCUCGCGCCUGCCCGCAUGCCUCUCAGCGACAAGACUAACCAACAGUCAAUCCGCGACGACGACCCGAGCACCUGGCCCGACGUUGACCCUGAGAAGAACAGCCACGUCUUUCCAUAUGGGAAAAAAUUCCACCCGUCGCCCUGCGUUGACAAGUCGAUCCUCCAGGAGUGCACGCUCUACGUCACGGUGGAGCCGUGUGUCAUGUGCGCAUCGUUGCUUCGACAGUACAAGAUAAAGAAUGUACUCUUUGGUGCAGUUAACGACAAGUUUGGCGGCACUGGGGGUGUUUUCCGCAUCCACAAGAAUUCGCCAUUCGUGGCGUCUUCGGCUCCCACGACACCCAUGCCCCAGAACGGCAAGGGAUCGGUGAGGCCAGUCAUGGGGCCUCGGGCAAUUUCUACAGUCAGCGCCGAUGAUGGUCAGGCGUCAUCUUCUGGAGAUGACAGCAAGAGCGAGCAUAGCAAUGAUGCUCCGUACCGUUCUCUUUUUACGCCUCUUCCACCGACACCCAACCUUCCCGGAGAUGGAGGGAAUGUUGAGCGCGGCUAUGAAGUGGAAGGAGGCUGGGGCCGGGACGAUGCGGUCACCCUUCUGCGGCAGUUUUAUGUUCAGGAGAACGGCCGAGCACCGGUCCCGAGAAAGAAGGAGGGUCGAGCUGCUCGUCUAGCAGCAAUGAUGCAGCGCGAUGGUCAUGCCGGCGGCCCGAUGCUUAGUGUACCUAAGGUAAAGGGGGGCAAUGGUUCCGCGCUGGGUGAUAACGAAGCCAAGGCGACACGCGGCGCUGCCGCGAACGUUGGAACCAUACUGGCUGAGGCCGACGCAAAGCUCGAAGCCGGCGAGACCAACGAUGACAUUUUGGUUGAGUCUGAGGCUGAGGGUGAGGCCACGGCCGGAAUCGAUGUCGCCGAGAUCUCUGAGGAUAAUCUCGAGCUCUGA